CUUGAACUAGGAAAUAGAAUUUGCUUGGGGUUUGGAAAAGCAAAGAUGGCUUGUUCUGGUAAUAUUGCAAAGCGUAUGUGUAGUCUUAACCUUCGCCAGUUUUAUCAGUUUUCGUUAUCCAAACACCUAGUUCAGUGGCACUGGACAAGCGGGAUCGGUUCGGCUGUAACUCGAAAGACGUACUGCCCUCGUCCCCCAAAGUCCAUCGGGCGGUACCCUAUUCCAUAUAAGAAGGAUCUUCCUUAUGACAUAGUGGAGCUAAUGGAAGAGGUGGAGACAAAGAGUGGAUUUUUGCCAAAUGUGUUCAAAGUACUCUCUCACCGUCCAGCUGAAUUUAGGGCAUUCUUUGCUUACUAUAAUGCUCUGAUGAAUAAAGAAACAGGCCAUCUUACCAAAGAAGACAGAGAACUGAUAGUGGUAGCCACAAGCAUUAACAACAGGUGCCUGUAUUGUGUGAUUUCUCAUAGUGCUCUGCAUCGCAUCUACUCUAAAAAUCCAACUUUGGCAGACCAGGUCAUUGUUAACUAUGAGAUGGCUGAACUGCAGGCCCGAGAGAGAGUGAUGUUGGACUUUGCCUUGGCUGUCAGCCGUUGUGAUAACAUCACUGAAGAGCAUUUCCAGAAUCUGGAAGACCAUGGUUUUGACCGUGAGGAUGCUUGGGACAUUGCAGCUAUCGCAGCCUUCUUUUCCAUGUCAAACCGCAUUGCACACUUUACUGAUAUGCACCCUAAUUAUGAGUUCUACAGCAUGGGUCGAAUGCCUAGAGAAAAAGACAAGGAUCAUGAAAAAUGAAUUUUCUAAUUUGUGUUCAUUCAUUUAAAAGGUACAAAGACAAUUUUGGGCAUUGUCUGUUUGUUUUCGCAUAGUACAGAAAUGUGACUAGAUCACAUUUUUGCUAGAUCUGUUAGUAAGCAAAAGAAAUGUAUGCUUUCCUUUGUUCAAAAGAACAUUAAAUGCAUGGAAGGAAAUAACAUAAUGUGAUUUGUUCAGUAUUCUACGUUUUUAAAAUAAAUCAUUGCUUCACAUCCA